AUGUCAGUCAUUGAUCAGUAUCAACCAGUGGUAUUCCAAAACAAAAAGGGAUUUGUCGUACCUUCUACUCUUCCAGUCUAUGCAGCACAAACCAAGACUAAAGUUACUACAACCGAGACAGCUGUCGAUAAAGCUAAACCAUUUUCUGAUGCAUUCUAUGACAAGAUGACUCUUAGUUCAGAGAACUUUGUCAAUUUCGUUGCUGGCAAGAUUACUGAUAAGACGGCUAGUUUAGAGGAACUUUUAUCAUUCUCUUCUUUUGACUCGGAUGACAAGUACACUGACAAGGUCAAACAAGCUGCCGACAUGCAUUUCAUCAGUCUCGUUCAGUACUAUAUGAACGAUGAAGUGAGAAACAUCUUGGGUUGGUCAAAACCAGCUCCUCAUGCAAGAUUGCUAGAGAUUGCAUCGAGUGACAAGGUAGUAGCAUGGUACAAAAAGUAUUCACUACUCUAUGCUCAUUAUUUGGUUAGUCUACAACUUAAAGGUGCAAUCAAAAUUAAAGUUUUAGAAGCUGAUAUUAAAACAAUGACUUCUUCUAAAAUCUAUGUUAAACAAACAUCAGCAAUCUUUAAGUUUGCAUUUAUUGAACGUAAUCCAAAGAUUACAAUUUAUCUCAAAAAUGCAAAGAAAUGGACUGAAGAUUUAAAGAAUUAUUAUUUAACCAAUUCCAAGUGUCUAGAGGAAUGGAUGAGAUCAUUCCAAGAGAACUACAACUUUGAAACUUUUUUUGCAAAGUUUGCAAAUGUAUUUUCAUCAACUGGUCACCAAACUCAAGCCAACCAGAUUUUGAAUAUUCCAAAAACUAUGAAUUGUUUGGAUAGUAUUGUUUCAAAUAUUCGAAACAAAUUAGAUGUUUUGGAUCAAAGUGCAAAAUCAUCAAGUGAAGUUAUUAAUUUCUUUUAUUCCUCACAAUAUGCAUUCUUUUCAUCGAUGACCAACCUCGAUGGUAAUGCAGAAUAUUUCAAAGCAAUGGAAAAACAUGUUGACGAUGUAUUGGACCGUCUCUCCAAACUCAAAGAAUCUAGUUUGUCUGGGCCACAAUUAGACUUUUACAAAUUGUAUAAAGAUGUCUUGUUGGCAUGUGGAGGUAUGGCAGGUGUAAGAUUCCAACUAACCAACGCUAUCAAAAGAACUGUUAAUCGUAUUGCACCCUACACUGAUAUUACCAUGGGCUUUGAAAAUAUCUUAAAAAUGCCACAGAUGGAAACCGAGAAUAUGAAGAUAUUCUUGCAAGAGAAUGCGCCAGACGUUGUUAAAAAGGUUCCUAAAGGAGUCAACUUUUUCAUGUCAAUGUGGAGAGGUUGUCAAUCCAUCUCGAUUCUCUAUGGUAUAGUCAACUUUGAUCCAAAGGCCGGUGUACUUAGCAACACCCAGUUUAUCGGUGACUCACUUGCUAUUGUCCUCGAUACCUUUACAACUAUCCAAAAAGUUGAUGUUGCAUUCACUGCACCAUUUGCAUCGUUGGCCAAAGGUAUUAGUAACGCUCUAAAGGUAUUCAAGCCAACCCAACUCGUCAAACUCUUCUCGUCGAGUAUGAAGUGGUUCUUUACUAAAUCGUUUAACGAUUUCCUCAAUUUUAGAGUGUGUCCAGCUCUCAUUGUUCUUUCAUGUAUUAUGAAUUGUAUCGAUAUUGCCAAAGAUAUUGAAGAAGGUAAAUGGGGUGAACUAGCCUGCGACGUUGCAGCACUUGGAUUAAACAUUGCCACCGUUGCUGUUUUAGUGGCCGGUGCCAGUUGGAGUGGACCAGUUGCAUUGGUACUUGGUGGUGUUGCCAUCCUCGUACUCAUUAUUAAACUUUGGAUCUCUACCCCUGAGAAAAGCCCUGCUCAAAAGUUUUUGGAAUCAAAGUUUGUUUUACUUGCUUACAAGAGACUUCCAGCUGCUGCUGCCUAA